GGUCUAGAAGAGGACGACGCGGUGCGUUGACUUAUCGUUGGUCUACAAACAAGCACGGGGGAAGACCUGCUAGCUGCAAUUGCAAAUUUGGUUGCGCGACUCGGCGACAGCUUCUGCGAGUUCAUAUCAUUCGAGGGUGCCAUAAUUUUUCCAAGUAGCUCGCAGUAUCAAUUCGUGUUGCCUUUAUAAUCCUUCGUAUUCACUAUUUGUUGCCAGCUGGGAGAGACUGUCUAUCUUGUGUGUCUAUGGCGUCGUCCUGGGAUAAGCUGGGACAGGCGGCAAGCAUUAUGCAGGUCACCGGCGUGGACGCCUUCGGUCUGGUUUCCAUGAUCGUUCAGGCGGCGCACACCGCGCGCCACAACAGGGAUCUGUGCCAGCAGCUCGCGCAGCAUGUCCAGAUCGUCGGCGAUCUGCUACGGAAACUGGACAUCCCGGAGCUGAAGCGGCAUCUGGAGACGCGGAGGCCGCUGGAUCAACUGGAUGCCGCACUCUUCCGUGCCUACAAGCUCGUGAGGUCCUGCAGCCAGCACCAAGAGAACAGAAGCCAGCUCUACCUGAUGUUCACGGGCGCCGAGGUGGCCUCCAAGCUUCGGCUGGCGCAAGAGGAGAUCGACCGCUACAUCAACCUCAUACCCCUGAUCACCCUUGUUGCCGCCCUGGGCGAUCGGGGUGCUAAGGAGAGCCAGCAAGAUGUGACCAUUGAUCCAGCGCAACCACAAAGGCCUCAAUUAUCUCUCCAAGAAGUUAAUGAAUUACUUGCACUUGAGGAACGGCCGACAACAGGUGUCUCCAAUAAUAAAGAAGCCGGAAGAAAUGGUUGGCAUCUGGUGAUAGAGAAUGUUAGAAACAGCUUGGUUGGUCAGACGGGGAGGCAUCUUACUUACAAAGAGCCCUUGAAAACCAUGAGACGGCUCUGGGUGAGUGUGCCCACCAUGUCCAUGGAGAUGGAGCAGGUGCUCGAGCUCUGGCGGAUCGAGGAGAGAGACUCCGAGUUCUUGCUCUACGACUUCGACCAGAUCGCCGACGCCACCGACAACUUCUCCGACCACCACAAGCUCGGCCAGGGCGGCUUCGGACCCGUCUACAAGGGCGUGCUGCCCGGCAGGCUGGAGAUCGCGAUCAAGCGCCUGUCGUCGUGCUCGGUGAUGGACCUCAUGGAGUUCAAGACGGAAAUUCAGCUCAUCGCCAAGCUGCAGCACACCAAUCUUGUCCGGCUGCUGGGCUGCUGCGUGCUGGCCGAGGAGAAGAUGCUCAUCUACGAGUACAUGCACAACAAGAGCCUCGACUUCUUCAUUUUCGACGCUGAGAAAGGGAAGAUCUUGACCUGGGACCUACGGUACCGCAUCAUCGACGGCAUCGCGCAGGGCCUGCUCUACCUGCACGAGCACUCGCGCCUCCAGGUCAUCCACCGGGACCUCAAGGCCAGCAAGAUCCUCCUGGACUGUGACAUGAACCCCAAGAUCUCCGACUUCGGCAUGGCCAGGAUCUUCUGCUCCAACGUCCCCGAGGCCAUCACCACCACGGUCGCCGGCACGCAUGGUUACAUCGCACCGGAGUACGCUUUCGAGGGCCUCUUCUCCACCCAGUCCGACGUGUUCAGCUUCGGCGUCCUGCUCCUCGAGAUCAUUACCGGCAUGAGGAACGCCGGGUUGGACCAGUACGGCAAAUUCUACUACCUCACAGGACACGCGUACCAGCUGUGGCAGGACGGGAAAUGGAAUGAGCUGGUGGACACGGCGCUGGGCGGCGACGUGCCCGUGCCGGAGGUGAUGAAGUGCCUGCACGUGGCGCUGCUGUGCUUGCAGGACAGCGCCGACGACCGGCCCAACAUGUCGGAGGUGGUGGCCAUGCUUGGCAGCCUGAUCACCAUGCCGGAGCCCCGGCAGCCGGCCUACUACAACGUCCGGAUCAGCAGCCUCGCCGUGUCGUCCGACUCGUUCGGCGAGUCCUCGUGCAGGAUCAGCAACAUCACGCUGACGGAUCACGAGGAAGGCAGGUAGUAGCAGGAACACAUGCAUGUUCUCGGCGUUUCAGUUCUAGGCCAGUAACUGUACAGGACUGCUAUAUGAUCAGAAUUCAUAGAGACACGGAGAGAGAGAGAGAGAGAGAAAAAACAGAAAAAAAGAGAUCAGGAUAUAUAUAAGUUAACACAGUUGAUGCAAGAUAUGACCAUGCCCAUCAACGUGUUAACGGAAGGUUUAUUUUCUUCUCGAGUCUUGACCAGCUCCAGCAAUUUUUGGUCCAUUUUGGAGUGACUUCAGCCGCUCGCCGUCCACAGUGAAAGGAGGAAAUGAAAAAACAAAUACACUGUUUGACACUGUAGAUGUACUGUUUGGCACUGUAGACAAAGAGGGCGUGGGAAACGAGGAGGGAGCAAAUUUGCUCUUGCUCCCUCCGCUGUGGUCAGCCUAAACUUGAUAUUUGUAUGGGUACACUUUAGUAUACGUGACUGUAGCUGAUGUGAACUUGCAUGUGCUUACAGUGCUACUCUUAUACAUAUCUUAGGAUGGAAUUGUGUCCUGAAUA